AUAAACUACUGUUCGCACAGGAUAUCCGCAUCGGGAGCAGUCAUAUAUCCCAUAUAAUUCGGAAUCACACCUUAAAUCAAGUUAUUUCGGAGACAAAUGCAAUUGCAUUUAAGCUGCAUCCGGAGAAUGUGUGAAGAGCUGCCCCCAUCUGCUUAAGCAUGAAUCGCUACAUCACGCUGACCCAAUUGGGCGAUGGAACCUACGGCACCGUGGUCCUGGGUCAGCGCAAGGACACCGGCGAGAAGGUGGCCAUCAAGCGCAUGAAGCGCAAGUACUACUCCUGGGAGGAGGCCAUGAAUCUGCGCGAGGUCAAGUCCCUGAAAAAACUGUCGCAUCCGAACAUCGUCAAGUUGAAAGAGGUGAUUCGGGAGAACGACACCCUGUACUUUGUGUUUGAGUACAUGAAGGAGAACCUCUACCAGAUGAUCAAGGAUAGGGACACACAUCUACCCGAGCCGGAGCUGAAGAGCAUUCUCUUCCAGGUCUUAACUGGCCUGGCCUUCAUGCAUCGCCACGGCUUUUUCCACCGCGACCUAAAGCCGGAGAACCUGCUAUGCUCCGGGCCGGAGCUGAUAAAGAUAGCCGACUUCGGGCUGGCCAGGGAGAUCCGAUCGCGGCCUCCGUUCACGGACUACGUCUCCACACGUUGGUACCGGGCACCGGAGGUACUCCUGCACUCCACCAACUACGGCAGCACCAUCGACCUCUGGGCCAUGGGCUGCAUCAUGGCCGAGCUCUACACCUUUCGUCCCCUCUUCCCGGGCAGCAGCGAGGUGGAUCAGCUCUUCAAGAUCUGUUCGGUGCUGGGAACGCCAGAGAAGAGUGAUUGGCCGGAUGGAUAUCGGCUGGCCAGCAUGAUCCACUUCCGCUACCCGGACUGCAUCAAAGUGCCACUGAGCAGCGUCGUCAGUCGCUGCAGCCAAAAUGGAUUGGACCUGCUGGAGGACAUGCUGGCCUACGAUCCCGACAAGCGUCCGACGGCCCAGCAGAGUCUCAAGUACCCGUAUUUCCAUGCCCUCAAAAGGAUCUCGCCCACGGCGGCCACCAAGGCGAAUGUGCGGCUUAGCUCCAAAUAUGCGGCGUCCAAUGGACAGAGCGUCUCCAACAAUGUGCUUCCGGUGCAGGAGAAGCUGCAGGCGGUCACGGAGCUGCUCCACCAGAACAACAACAACAACGGUAGCCACUCCAAUCUCGGCAAGAACAACAACUUGACGAGCAACAAAAAUGGCAUGGGAAUGCCAAGAAAGUACCAGCCCAAGCUGAGCUUCCUGACCAGCAAUGAGUUGGUGGGUGCGGGCUCCCAGGCGGAUUCCUCCAGUCUGGGUGGAGCCACAGUGGAUGGUGUGCAGAUGCCACAGCUCCAGAACGGCGGAGGAGGUGGGGAGUCCAUCAACGACAUCUACCUGAAUCGCAACAUCUCGCAGCUCUUCGGGUUGCCGGCGGGAUCGCAGCUCCACCAGCAGCAGCAGCAGGCCCAUCAUCCCAAUGUCUCCUUCAGCUCGACCAUGUCAAGGAAUGCCGGCGCCAUCUACGUCAAUGGGAGCCACCUCAGCUACGACACGGCCAACAUGAAUGCCAAGAACAAUGCCAAGCUCGUGGUGGGCGCCUCCAAUGGUGGCUACUAUGUGCCGGUGGCCAGGCCAUCGCUCCUCGGUCCCGAGGCCAAAGUGUACAACGUGUUCUCCAAGGUCAGUGCCAGCCAGGCUCCGCCCAGCCUCAUUGUGCGACAGCCGCAGGUGCAGCUGCAGCCGGAGCCAGUGCCUCCCAUGGCCAUGCGACUCUCGGGAAGAUCGCGAGCUGCGGCCCAGGACUCCAAGAUGGGUGCUCUGAAGUCCGACGAUUUGGAUCUGAUACUCGGCUCCAAGCUGAAAACCUCCGCCAAGCGACAGCGCAAUGCCAAGGCCAACAUCCUGCUGGAGGACCUCUUUGGCCAGCUGUCCAUGGACUCCGAUAGCGACGGGAAGUAUCCGCACACUGUGCCGCCCACGCAGCAGGCCAAGAGCGGGAAGACGUCGACCGGUGGCCACCGGGAACGGGAACGGGAGCGGGAAAGGGAUCUCUUCGGGGAGAGCUUCCUGGCCAGGCCGGGAUUGCGGAAGAAGGCCACCCAGAGCAGUCUGGAGGUGAACAACGGCAGCCACGCGGACUCGCUAGCUCCAAACACUCAGAAGGAGAAACACGCCGUGGCAGCCAGUUUCCCCUGGGAUGAGUCCAACAAGACGGAGGAUGAGAAGCUUACGGCUUGGAUGGUGGCCGAGAACGGUAACUUGGUUUUGGGUAGUCAUCAGCAAGCGUAAAAGUCGAGAGCACUCCACUCCAAUCCAAUCCACAGAAAGUAGUUACCUAGAAAUCACCCUAUACCGUAUGGUAGUGUAAAUUCGAAGAGCACCGCUUGAAAAUUAUGGAACUGGAGUUUCAGUUUUCCCUGUAUUGUAUUCCCAGGAUCCUUGCUGGAGAAUAAGUUCUGAUAAGAUCGACUUGCGAUAUGCCGUUGUACCUGAAACAGAAUGGAGUUAAUAUAAGUGCCUGUAUGGAUCUGCGUAUUUUCAAACUGAAUCCAAGUCCAAAUCACCCAGCCACGGAGCCAUGGACUCAUCGAAUCGACGUGUGGAGCUAGUCUAGUCUCGAUAUAAUGUUAUUGCUGUGAUACCACUAAGCUAAACUAUUGUGUAAAGUAGCCUCUACGAACUUGAGUCUCGAGUGUAAGUUGUACUUUAAGCUACCAUACGAUAAUAUAAUCCGAGUGAGUUUUGAAUCGGUUGCAACAGUUGGCGGCAAGUGCAG